AAAUAUGUUUAAAAAGUAGAUAAGUUUUGCCUAUUGUGAAUAACCUACUGAUAUGGAACUUAUAUAAGUUUGAAGUUUCAGUUGUUUUUUCCAUACUCAAAUUUAAUGUUUUAGGACACUUGUUAUGAAAACACUCGAAUAAAGGGAAACGGUAUUAAAUGUUAAGUUUAUAAAACUAGUUUAUAUAUUUUCAAAUACAAUGGUGAUUUUCAAAAGAAAAAAAGUAUUAUCUUUAAUAUUUUUAUUUACAUUGUAUACGUGUAUAUAUGCGGCAACAAUAAAUGACACAAAAACGCUACUUUCAAAUUUACUUUCGGACUACAAUACAGAUGUUAGGCCAAUAGAAGAUCAGUUUUCUGCGAUAAACGUCACGGUAACCGCUUAUAUCAAAAGUAUUCAGGAAUUUGACGAAGUACAAGAAAAGUUCUCCUUUGUUGGUGCGCUUGCUGUGACUUGGCAAGACGCCAAUAUGGUUUGGAACCCUUAUCAUUAUGGUGGACUUUAUCAGCUAUCGGUGUCUUACAAGAAUGUUUGGGUUCCGGAACUUAUUUUAUCAAGUCCUUCAGAAGAUGUGAAUUCGCUCGGGAAAAGCUGGAAUAAAGUGAGAUACUAUUCUUCCGGAAUUGCAGUGUGGGUACCUAUUGAUUUAAUUGAAAGUACUUGUGCAGUGAAUGUCAGAAACUAUCCAUUCGACACACAGGAAUGUGUGACUUCAUUCAAUUCUAUGGGGUAUGAGGAAGCAGAGGUGCUUCUUAUUCCUGGAAAAACAGAAUUUGAUUUCAGUGUAUACCAAGAAAAUUCCUUAUGGGCUAUCUCUGGAACGAAGGUCAGUGUGCAGACCGUUGGCGCGUCUUCACAGAUAGAUCUUGUAGUUUCAUUGAAAAGAAAGCCGUCGUUUGUGAUUAUAAACGUAAUCUUACCCAUUUUAUUUCUCAGUCUUCUAAAUAUACUAGUAUUCAUACUUGUGCCUGAAUCUGGAGAGAGAAUUUCCUACUGCAUCACCGUUUUACUGGCUGUUGCCGUGUUCAUGACGAUAGUAAGUGACAUGCUGCCGAGAAGUUCGGAACCAGUUCCUUUGAUUUCAUACAAAUUAAUGAUUGAUAUGAUUCUCAGCUCACUUAUUGUGGUAGUAGCUGUACUAAAUCUGCGUGUGUAUAAUAAAGACAAAAACACACCCGUCCCUAAAUGGCUACAAGCCUUAUAUUGCUUCUUAUCGUGCAGAAAAUGCCAAGGUACGAAAGUGUUUGCUCUUAGAAAAGAAGGAAAAUCUGGGAAAAUAAAAGCAAUGUCAAUAAAUGAGGAUACAACUACCAACACUGAGUCCAAACUUCGUCACCUCAGCGAGGCCAUUGAAAGGAUUUACACCAUUACCUGGAAAAAGAUCAGUUUCAUGAUUGACUGGAUCUCCUUUGUCACGUUCACUGUAGCGUCGUUUCUAAGUUUUGUGUGUUUUAUUGCAGCAACGGUAAAUAAUUAAACAAUCUUUCUCUGGGAUCAUGGAGUCCAUUCAAUAUACACAGAGUUCCGGUGACGGGGGCGGGGCGUGAGAGGUGUUACGCAUUUUAUUAACUUUCAUAUAAAGACUCAAUCAAACCUAUUUUGAUUUCAUUUUAUAUUUACAAAGGACCUUUUUACAGUGUUAUUCGAUAUUUCACAUUUUACAGUGCUUGACGUCACGAGAAAGGACCUUUCGUCUGUAAUAUGAUGAAUAUGUUAACAUUAAACAUUAAAUAUUGAUGUUUCGCAAUAAAUACUAGGAAUCAAAAUACUGUUCUAACACGACCAGCAAAUAAGCUACAUAUAUGUAGAGCAAAAUCUGUCUCUGCGAUAAACCACUCGCGUGCAAAGACGUCAUCCGAUCCAGGUGCGUAGCACGGUCGUAAAAAGUAGUUACCAUUUUUUCUAACACUGUUGAUACUAGUAUGUCGUGUAAGAAUCGAAAUAAUAAGUUCCCAAGUGUGAUUUAUCGUAUCUUUCGUUCUAAUGCGAUACAAUAUAUCACUCAGGCCUAGGCCUUUGUGGUAAUUAUAUUCUUACGCAUAAGAACUCAGAACUCGGAUUAUUCUACGAUAAACCAUGUUUGGGAACUUAUCAUUUCUUAAUGAACAUGUUCUUUUUGUGAGUACAAAUAUAUCGCAUAGAAGGACAAAUAUUGAUAAAAAUUGUUUCAUUGUAUUUUAAAGUCACUGUGGUCCUUGUAUCAAAGUAUUAAGUAGCAUCAACUGUGAAAAUGGUAUUUUUAGUAACAUCUUAGGCUUGAUACGAAUGAAAUCAGAAGUAAAUAUUUUAUUCAAAGUUUAUAUUUAUGAAGUAUAUGCAGCUUCUAAAAAAAUGAUACAGUCACGUGACUUACGACGACAAUCACACAAAACAGCGAAAUGCAUUCUAGGACAUUGCGGCUUAAAAUCCACGUAAACGCUAUAGUCUGGACAAUUGGAAUACAGAUAAUAAACUAUUUACUGUAUAGUAGAUGAAAUGUAUGGUGCCUGCGUAAACUGCACCGGAGAAGUGGGUUCAUUCACGGGCAAAUAGAUGGCACUGAUGUUAAACUGGCAAUUUUCCGGUAGACGACGGUGAAAAUUGUUUCUGUUAAAUAUGUAUCUGUCAGAGGUUAUUUGUCUCAGAAACAUUGUGGUAUUGUAUAUUACUACCAUGAUACACAUUUAGCACUGGAAAUAAUGAGUGUACAAAUGACAAUUAGUCGUAUUUUCAUAAUACCAGAUUUAUAUCUUAUUUUGUAGGAUGAAAUGGAGCAGCUAUAUCAUAUCGAAUAUUCAAGUAUAAACUGCUUGCGGUAUGUUUAUAUAGUAGUUGCUGCGGAUCGUAUUAGAAUAAAUAUAAAGUAUUGGUGUUUACAUGGCAAUGCACGUUUUUGAAGGACAUGGUGACAUUUUAAUACUCAAUACUUUAGCAUAACAAAUAUAAGCAUAAAAUAUCUA